AUGAUGCGAGAAAUACUAAUAAUAACCAUCAUUAUGUUUAUGUUAUCUGGAUGGAGCAAGGCUCUAUUGAGCCAACGUAGUAUGGUCUGCCGACGGACGCCGCACCUCAGCAAAUUCCAUCUCCAUGCAGUUGAUGUUGGGAGGACUCAAGGCAAGGAUCGGGCCAAAGAAUUGAAAGUGCUAGCUACCAAUUUGAAAGUAGACGACAAGAAAUUGAAGACAGUUCUCACUCAAAAGCGGUUAAAGAUGGAUAACAACACGGAAAAAGCGAGAUAUAUUGACUGGCUGCUUCAAGAGCCCAAGAGCAAAUCAGCUAGCAUGGAAUUUGCGAAGACCGAAUCGAGCACGAAAAAAAUCGAAUCGAACGGAGGGGGUCGAAGCUUUUUGUCGUCGGAAACGUUUGCGGACCGAGAAGAUCUUCACCCAGACUCAAAAAGAGCUCUAAAAGAAGUUCUUAAGGUCGAGACUAUGACAGAAAUCCAAUCCAAAACCUACGGUGUUGUAACUUCUGGAAAAGAUUGCCUGGGACGAGCGAAGACAGGGACAGGAAAGACAUUGGCAUUCUUGGUACCCGCUUUGUCUCGCAUACUCCAACACCCUCCCAUGGAGAACUCUGUAGGAAUCCUGAUAAUCGCCCCUACCCGGGAACUGGCAAAUCAGAUUGGGGAUCAAGCUGCGAAACUGUUAACCUUCCAUUCUGACAUGAACGUUCAAGUUGUAUUUGGUGGAACGAAAGUUCAGCGUGACAUUAAUCAGUUCAAACGAAAAAUCCCUACCAUCCUUGUUGCCACACCAGGUAGAUUGCUGGAUCAUUUGGCAUCUACUGUAAUAAACGGAAGGAGUUUUGGAAAUGACAUUGUCUCUCGGACCCCUUUGGUUGUACUGGACGAAACAGACAUUCUAUUGGACCUUGGAUCCCGUCGAGACAUUUCCAAGAUUUUGUCAUAUCUCCCGCCGAGAGAUCGUCGACAGACUCUUCUGUUUUCAGCAACCUUGCCACCCGAUCUUAAGAAAAUCAUGGAAGAGAAUAUGAAGAAGGAUUUUGAGAAGGUGGAUUGCAUCAACGAGGACGAUGCGGACACCAAUGCCAAAGUGAACGAAUCGCAUAUAGUAAUUCCCUCAAUGGAGCGAUUCGUAUCUUCUGUGGUGGAAAUAGUACACCUCGCCAUAAAGGAAGAUCCGGGUGCAAAGAUUGUCGCCUUCUUUCCCACUGCACGAAUGGUGGCGUAUUUCUCUGAACUUUUCAAUGAAGGUCUGCAAAUUCCAGUGAUUGAAUUGCAUUCGAAGAAGAGUCAAGGGUAUCGUAACAAAGCAAGCGAGACUUUUCGCUCUGCAUCAAGUGCCAUUUUGUUUACAAGCGAUGUAUCGGCGCGCGGGGUAGAUUAUCCUGGCGUCUCGCAAGUAAUCCAAUUCGGAAUGCCAGACAGUCGAGAACAGUACAUUCAUCGUCUAGGGCGGACUGGUCGAGCAGGGGCAGAGGGGAAAGGAUGGCUAGUCCUCGCACCAUUCGAACGACAAUUUAUUCAUCAGCUUAAGGAUCUUGAUAUUCCGACAAAUCAACAACUUGCGUUAUUGCUGUCCGACCAAGUGGACAAAGAAGUUCAUAGCAUGUUCAUAGCAGCAACGGACCGAAUCAGAAGCAGCAAGAAGCGGCAGGCCAGUGCCAAAGGAGCAUACCAAGCGUUCCUUGGAGCCUAUCUUGGAAAAAUGAAACUACUGAAAAUGAGAAGUAAGGAGGAUUUGGUGGCUCUUGCAAACGAAUUCGCCUUUCAAAUGGGCUUGCCUGAAGUCCCUUCGUUGGGAAGUAGAAUGGUUGGGAAAAUGGGCCUGAAGGGCGUCGCUGGAAUAACCAUAGCGCCUGAAUCACCUGGUGAUAAUAACAAUAGCUACGGGCGAAGGCAAGGAGGCGCUCCAAGAAAAGGAAAUGGCAUGCAGAAGAAUUCCAGAAAACGACGAUAG